AUGAACCUGGCUUCACCCUGUAACCUCUCACUCCUCCUCCUGCUUGUUGUAAACCUAACAGGUGUGUACGGGACGAGAAUCAUCGGGGGUGAAGAGGUAACACCCCUCUCCAUCAAGUAUCAGGCCUCCAUCCUGUUCAUGAACAACCACUUCUGUGGAGGAACCCUCAUCCACAAACAGUGGGUGGUGUCUGCUGCCCACUGCUGGAGACCGAGUCACCUGAUCCAAGUGGUCUUGGGUGAGCAUGACAUCACCAAGGAAGAGGGCCCCGAGCAAAGGUUCAACGUUGACUUGGUGGUCAGGCACUACCAAUACCAAUACUGGAACCUUGACAAUGAUAUCAUGCUGCUGAAGUUGGACCGUCCGGCUAACAUUGAUGCCACUGUCGAGCUGGCCUCUUUGCCGGUCCCAGACUCACCGCCCUUGGUCAACUCUGCCCAGUGCACAGUCAGUGGCUGGGGUGUGACCUGGCAGAACAGCCCCAAACUGUCCCCUGUACUGAGGUCUGUGGAUGUAAACAUCUUUAGCAACUGCCGGUACUAUUACUACUUCUACAGGAUCACAGACAACAUGAUCUGUGCCGGAUUUAUCCAUGGUGGGAAAGACUCCUGUCAGGGUGACUCAGGAGGGCCUCUUGUUUGUGACGGUAAAUUUGUGGGCAUUGUAUCUUGGGGUAUCGGCUGUGCCUAUCCUUACUACCCUGGCGUCUACACCAAGGUCAAAAACUACCUCGGAUGGAUCAACUGGGUCAUCCAGAGCAGCUAA